AAAACACUGUAAACAGCGGCGGCGCUGCAUCGGAGACGAAUGGGAUUCAUCUGGACGUUCAUCAUGACGAGCUUGCUCACGACCAACGCGUUCGCGAUCCUGAACGAGAAACGAUUCCUUCGACGAAUUGGAUUACAUCAAGUUGACAAUUCGGACGGCCCACCGAGCAUCAAGAACCAAGUUGCCGGUCUUCUCACGGCCGUGCAGUACACAAGAGUCCUGUUGAUCCCGAUCAAUAUUGUCGCCAUCGGGCUCGAGCUCUUGUUGGGAUAGGUUAUGAAUGAACUCAAGUCGUGUUGCCUAAUCUGUCGCGCGCAUUCAACAAGAUGGGAAUGUCCACAGCGGGGAGUCAUUUGAAUUUCGCAUUACACGGAAAAGCCUAGAUCAAUGGCCUCCGUGGCCGUGUCCUUUACCUUGGCU